GGCGUGCGUGAUCUCGCAGCGCGAGGAAGAAGCGUCCGUGUCCGCGAGCGAGGACCGUAGCGAGUCACUCAUGCGAUCAUCAGCCCGAGCGAACCGGAGACAUGACGGCAGAGACGUUCAGAUCGUUAAGGUUGUGUCAGCGUCAUAUGUUUCUGUUACGGCGGUGUCCUCGGCUCAUAGGCCUCCAAGAACUCGAGCAGAAGUUCUUCUCCUCUCACAGAGUUGUGAAGAGUCACAGGAUCUUUAGGAAGCUGUUGGUUGGCGUUUCGGUGGGUGUGCCGCUCGGGGUCGGGGUGCAGUAUGCGGUCUCAGAGCCCAGAGAGAGGAGGAAGAUGAAGAUACUAGCUGAGGGAGUCGAGCGCUUCUGCAGGUCUCUCUAUGUCGGGCUUAUGAUAUCAGCAGAUUACUGGUGGACGUCCAACAUUGCUCUGAGAGACAUGGAUGAGAGCAGUCCAGAGUAUGAAGCGCUCAUGUCAGCGUGUCACCAGAGAGCAGCCGGCAGCAUGGUGGACGGGGCCAUACAGAACGGAGGCCUGUAUAUUAAGCUGGGACAGGGCCUGUGUGCGUUCAACCAUCUCCUACCUCCAGAGUACAUGCGCACCCUGCACGUGCUGGAGGAUAAAGCUCUCAACAGAAGAUACAAAGAGGUAGACGCUUUAUUCCAGGAGGACUUCAGCACUACUCCAGAUAAACUCUUCAGGACGUUUGACUAUGAGCCUGUGGCCGCUGCGAGUCUGGCCCAAGUACACAAGGCCGAACUGCAUGAUGGGACACCUGUGGCUGUGAAAGUGCAGUAUAUUGAUCUCAGGGAUCGAUUUGAUGGUGAUAUCAGGACUCUAGAGAUUUUGCUGGACAUCGUGAAAUUUAUGCACCCCAGCUUUGGUUUCCGCUGGGUCUUACAGGACUUGAAAGGAACGCUGGCCCAGGAGCUGGAUUUUGAGAAUGAAGGCAGGAAUUCUGAACGGUGUGCUGAAGAACUGAAGCAUUUUAAGUUUGUAGUUGUGCCCAAAGUAUUCUGGGACCUGACCAGCAAGAGGGUCCUUACAGCAGAGUUCUGUGCCGGGUGUAAAAUCAACAAUGUGGAGGAGAUUCAGCGUCAGGGACUGAGUCUGAAAGACACAGCUGAUAAACUCAUCGGCGUAUUCGCAGAGCAGAUCUUUUACACCGGCUUUAUUCACGCUGACCCUCAUCCUGGAAACGUGCUGGUCAGAAGAGGUCCAGAUAAUAAAGCUGAGCUGGUUCUGCUGGAUCAUGGGCUGUACGAAUACCUCAGUAAAAGUGACAGAGCGGCUCUGUGUCGGCUGUGGAGAUCCAUAAUCCUGCGCGAUAAAGCCGGCAUGAAGACAUACGCAAAUCAGCUCGGGGUCAAAGAAUACUUUCUCUUCAGUGAGAUGCUGCUGCAGCGGCCGAUCAACAUGUGGGAUCUGGGUCUGGGUAACAUCCUGACGCGAGAGGAGACGUCCUACAUGCGUGACAUGGCCAUGAACCGCUUUGAUAAGAUCAUGCAGGUGCUGAAGUCCAUGCCGCGGCCCAUGCUGCUGGUCUUCAGGAACAUCAACACCGUCCGCUGCAUCAACAUCACUCUGGGAGCUCCAGUCGACCGCUACUUCAUCAUGGCCAAGUGCGCUGUGCGGGGAUGGGGCAGAGCUCAGGCCGACGACACCAGGAUGCUGUCUAGACUGUCUGUCUUCCGCUGGGUCUGCUCCUUCUGGGAAAGCGUCAAGUUUGAAUUCGCUUUAAGGUCAGAGAUGGCGCUCAUGAGCGUCACCCGCUCUCUGCUCAAGCUGCUGUCUUACUGCAGUCUCAUCACGCUGGACCAGGACGUGUAUCAGUAUCUGAAAUGAAGCGUCUCGCACCUUGUUUCUGAGCUUCGAUCGUGUUAGUAUUCUUGCUGUCUACGGGAGGGUCCGAGAGCUCUCGGAAUGCAUCAAAAAUAUCUUAAUUUGUGUUCCGAAGAUGAACAAAGGUCU